CUUCCCCAGUCCAGUUCAAGGUUCUUUCCUUGUCUUGUUGUUCUUAUCGAAUAUUGAAACGAAACUUCCUACAGUAGCUUCCAAGCUUAAUCUUCCUUCCUGUUGCAACCUUUUUGACCUUGGUCUCGUGCUCAGCGUUCCGAGUAGCAUUUGUUACAACCCGAGAUUCCGAAUCAAAAUGCGCGCCACGAUACUUGUCGCAACCGGUCUCGUCUGCCGAGCUCUAGGACACGGUAACCAUGGCGGUUCGCAAAAACCAAUGGUUAGCGAAAACGCUAACUGGAUGACAAAACAUAUGGCCGAGGAACACCAUAUCGGUGACUUCGAUGCCUCCUCCUUCUUUGUCCUACACGAUUACGACGCCGAUGGUCACUGGGAAGCCGAGGAGAUCCUGCGCACCUAUGGAUUGAUGGACGAGUCGAAUAAGGGCGUGCCACAAUCGCGCCGCAACGAGAUCGAGCACGAGUUAUUACGGUUGCUCGACACCAAUGCGGAUGGGUUCGUGACACGCGACGAGUUUGUCGCUUUCAUCGACUCGGGGAAAACGCUACCCGACAUGGGUACGGGCCCUGGUCACCACGGUGACGACGAGUACGAGUACGAAAUCCACCACUGGGAGAAAUAUCAUAAUGAGGAUAGUCCCCUCGAGGAAUUGAACCAUCCCGAGGACAUUGAGCACUUUAAGAAGCACGAGAUGCUCGAGGACGCAGAGGCGAGGCUUGAGAAACUCAACAAGAUGACUAUCGUAGAGGAUAACAUUCCGAGCAAGUUUAGAAGAGGCAGCUAAGAUAUUUAAUGAUACCCUUAAUUUCUGGGAGUUCUGGUUUGGGUGGCUAGCAUGAGGACAUGGUGUGUUUA